UGGUCAUCUGAAGACGGACAGCGACUGCACUACUACUAACCACUCAACCUGAUCAAGCCUGUUCACAAGCCAGCACGGAGUAGGAGGAGACAGACACCGUAGUGUAAGAGGUGCUGAAAACCUUCUCGUUGUCUCAACUAAUUUUCUACAUUUUCGGGAUGAUCAUGUAGGACUGACCAUACUUAAAAACAGACAGCAUUAUUAUUUUGUUUAUUUGGAAUUUAGGUGGAGAGGAAGACCUAUUUUAAAAAUCCGGUUACCAGGAAUAGCAUUCAACAAAAUAAAAGUGGGAUCACUCUCAGAAUUUGAAGGAUUGAGCACCAGAAUUAGAACAUCUCAGCACCAUGGCACUGCUGGACACAGAGUUUGGGGUGAAGGGCAGCAGCAUCAUCAGAGAGUGGAGUGGACAGGUCCAGCCAGCUCUGGUCGCCUCCUUUGUUUUCCUCUUCUGUCUAGAAGCCUGUCUAUGGGUCAGGAAUCUCAGACUCAAGAGAAGGCUGCCAGGACCCUUUGCCUGGCCGGUGGUGGGCAAUGCCAUGCAGCUGGGGCAGAUGCCUCAUAUCACCUUCUCCAAGCUGGCAAAGAAGUACGGCAACGUGUAUCAGAUACGCCUGGGCUGCAACAACAUAGUGGUGCUCAAUGGAGACACAGCAAUACGAGAAGCCUUGGUGCAACACAGCACAGAGUUUGCAGGCAGACCCAACUUUGUGUCUUUUCAGUCAGUGUCUGGUGGUAACAGCAUGACAUUCUCUAACUACAACAAACAGUGGAGGACCCACCGGAAGAUCGCUCAGUCCACCAUUAGAGCUUUCUACUCUGCCAACAGCCAGACCAAAAAAGCAUUUGAACAGCACGUUGUUGCAGAGGCUACUGAGCUCAUUGAAGCUUUCCUCAAACUCAGUGCUGAUGGACAGAUUUUCAACCCUGCUCACGAACUGACAGUAGCUGCUGCUAAUGUAAUCUGUGCACUGUGCUUUGGAAAGCGUUAUUGCCAUGAUGACAUUGAGUUUAGAACCCUUCUGGGCAGUGUGGACAAGUUUGGAGAGACGGUGGGGGCUGGCAGCUUGGUGGAUGUCAUGCCCUGGCUUCAAUAUUUCCCAAAUCCUGUCCGCAGUGUCUACCAGAGCUUCAAAGACCUCAAUAAAGAGUUUUUCACCUUUGUGAGAGACAAGGUGGUGGAGCACAGGGAGACGUUUGACCCUGAAGUGACCCGGGACAUGAGUGACGCCAUUAUUCAGGUAAUUGACAAGGCAGGCCAUGAUACCGGGUUGACGGAGGCCCACACAGAAGGGACAGUGUCUGAUCUGAUUGGUGCAGGACUUGAUACUGUGUCAACUUGCCUUCAUUGGAUGCUCCUUUUAUUGGUGAAAUACCCCAACAUCCAAACCAGACUGCAGGAGCAGAUUGACAAAGUGGUAGGCCGUGACAGGCUGCCCUGUAUUGAGGACAAAGCCAGCCUGGCUUACCUAGAUGCUGUUAUCUAUGAGACCAUGCGCUAUACCAGCUUUGUACCCCUCACCAUCCCCCACUCCACCACCUCAGAUGUUACCAUCGAAGGCUUCCACAUCCCCAAAGACACAGUGGUCUUCAUCAACCAGUGGUCUGUCAACCACAACCCUUUAAAGUGGAAGGACCCACAUCUUUUUGACCCCUCACGGUUCCUCGAUGAAAAUGGUGCCCUUGACAAGGACCUGACCAACAGUGUGUUGAUAUUCUCAGCAGGGAAGAGGCGAUGUAUCGGUGACCAGAUCGCCAAAGUGGAGGUUUUUUUAUUUUCUGCUAUUUUGAUUCACCAAUGCAGCUUUGAGAAUAACCCAAGUCAGGACCUCUCCUUAGACUGCUCCUAUGGGUUAACACUGAAGCCCCUAAACUACAAGAUCUCUGCCAAGCUCAGAGGAGAAUUACUUAAUGGGGCAUAAAAUCUUGUGAUUUGUGUUUUCAAACAGAGCACCCACUAAUGGACUGCAGUAAUCCAAUGCACUAAAGGUAUGUACACAACAGUGAAUAGUUUUGCUUGGUAGGUACCAACCAUAAGACUUAUAUUGAUACUUUUGUCGAUACUUUACUAUUAUUAUCAUUAGCUAAACUGAUUGUUGAUUGUAUAAAUCACUUUUUGUGACAGAUAACUGAAUCGUGUUUGUUAAUUGUAUCAUUUUAUUGCACUGGCUAUACAGUUGAAGUCGGAAGUUUACAUACAUCUUAGCCAAAUACAAUUAAACUCAGUUUUUCACAAUUCUUGACAUUUAAUCAUAGUAAAAAUACCUUGUCUUAGGCCAGUUAGGAUCACCACUUUAUUUUAAGAAUGUGAAAUGUCAGAAUAAUAGUAGAGAGAAUAAAUUAUUUCAGCUUUAAUUUCUUUCAUCACAUUUUUUAUUUUUUUUCACCUUAAUUUAACUAGGUAGGCUAGUUGAGAACAAGUUCCCAGUGGGUCAGAAGUUUACAUGCACUCAAUUAGUAUUUGGGACAUUUCCUUUCAAUUUUUUAACUUGGGUCAACCGUUGUGGGUAGCCUUCCACAAGCUUCCCACAAUAAGUUGGGUGAAUUUUGUCCCAUUUCUCCUGACAGAGCUGGUGUAACUGAGUCAGGUUUGUAGGCCUCCUUGCUCGCACACACGUUUCAGUUCUGCCCACACAUUUUCUGUAGGAUUCAGGUCCAGGCUUUGUGACCACUCCAAUACCUUGACUUUGUUGUCCUUAAGCCAUUUUGCCACAACUUUGGAAGUAUGCACAGGGUCAUUGUCCAUUUGGCAGACCCAUUUGCGACCAAGCUUUAACUUCCUGACUGAUGUUUUGAGAUGUUGCUUCAAUAUAUCCACAUAAUUUUCCAACCUCAUGAUGACAUCUAUUUUGUGAAGUGCACCAGUCCAUCCUGCAGCAAAGCAACCCAACAGCAUUAUGCUUCAUGGUUGGGAUGGUGUUCUUUGGCUUGCAAGCCUCCCCCUUUUUCCUCCAAACAUAACGAUGGUCAUUAUGGCCAAACAGUUCUAUUUUUAUUUCGUCAGACCAGAGGACACUUGUACAAAAAGUACGAUCUUUUAUGGAGCAGUGGCUUCUUCCUUGCUGAGCGGCCUUUCAGGUUAUGCCGAUAUAGGACUUGUUUUACUGUGGAUACAGAUACUUUGGUACCUGUUUCCUCCAGCAUCUUCACACUGUCCUUUGCUGUUGUUCUGGUAUUGAUAUGCUCUUUUCACACCAAAGUACGUUCAUCUCUAGGAGACAGACUACUCCUUCCUGAGCGGUAUGACGGCUGCGUGGUCCCAUGCUGUUUAUAAUUGCGUACUAUUGUUUGUACAGAUGAACGAGGUACCUUCGGGCAUUUGGAAAUUGCUCCCAAGGAUGAACCACACUUGUGUAGGUAUACAAUUUUUUUCUGAGGUCUUGGCUGAUUUCUUUUGAUUUUCCCAUGAUGUCAAGCAAAUAGGCACUGAAUUUAAAGGUAGGCCUUGACAUACAUCCAUGGGUACACCUCCAAUUGACUCAAAUGAUGUCAAUGAGCCUAUCAGAAGCUUCGAAAGCCAUGACAUCAUUUUCUGGAAUUUUCCAAGCUGUUUAAAGGCACAGUCAACUUAGUGUAUGUAAACUUCUGAGCCACUGGAAUUGUGAUACAGUGAAUUAUAAGUGAAAUAAUCUGUCUGUAAACAAUUGUUGGAAAAAUUACUGGUGUCAUGCAAAAAGUAAAUAAGACAUUUGUGGAGUGGUUGAAAGUUUUAAUGACUCCAACCUAAGUGUUUGUAAACUUCCGAGUUCAACUGUAGCACAUUUCUUACAUUUGAAAAAGAGGCCUCAUCCCUCCAGAUUUAUAAAUAUAUAAUGUAGCAAUUCAUGUUACAUAUAUCCCUCCUAAGUGUUUAUAGAAGUUGGGUGUAAACUCCAUCAAAGUAUUAUGCCACAGUAGAAUUCAAUAUAUUAGAUAAAUGAAUAAGAACAUAACCUAGAUAUAUGUGUGCAGAUUUCAACAUAAGUGUUACGUAAGAAUAAAACAUAUAUAUAUUGCAUGCAGACUAAGAAUAAAAUACAUAUAUAUAUAUAUAUAUUGCAUGCAGACUAUGUGGCCAAAUGUUAAGUAUCUAUUGUUAUACAUACAAGGGUAUUUAGUUUUGCCACCCUAAAUUUGCCAAUAUAAACUGGUGGAAUGAAUCCAUUUUACUGUAAGUGCUUUGUUGUUGCAGUGAUGUGGACAAAUCAUGUGUUAGGCGGGUAUCAUGUUGCCCCUGUAGAUAUAUUUUAAGAGUUAUACCUCCUCUGACCCAUUCUAAUAUGUUUUCAUGGUGUUUUUGUCUGCAUAAGUACAUACUGUAAUAACAAUUAUAAAUGUUUUGAAAUGUCAGUACACUUACAUAAUUCCAUUGUAUUAUGAUGACUUAUACAUGUACUGUAUGCAAUCUAUAGUGCCUGAGCUCCAUGCAAUAAAUCCUAUACGCCUUCUCA